UUUUAGAGAAAUCGUUUGAACAAAAGAUCUUUUUUUUACUUUUAAUUUCAAUGAAUUUAAUGUAUCCGCUUGAUAUUUAUUUAUAUAAUAUAUUUAUUACACAACCCAGCAUCACUCAUAUAUUGUCAUAUGUAGCUAAGUCCAAACACUUUGCUGGAGCCACCAUACAAUAUUACUCCUAAUCCUGUAAGGCUAUCAUGAUUAAAAGUUUCCAAUACUGAAUUCUCAUUGUCAUGCCAUGCCAUACCAUCUGUUUUCAUCAAAGCCUUGUCAUAUAACAAUAUGCAUCCUCCUUAAUGCAUCUGAAGGUGAUAAGAGAUCAGAACAAAUACUGCCAUUCCAGCACAGCAACCUCCAUCUCUCCACAGAGAGUCCAAUGACGCAAGUCCCUCUGACAACUUUCCACAUCAAUCAACUGCACCGUUCACAGGUUUGUCAAGCCCUCCACCAAACCAACCUCCUCCCCCCCGUUUACCCCCAUGCCAACAGACGGGAUACCACAGGGUCGGGCUUCUCUCACUAUUUUUAACAGAAUUUCAGAGAACUUGUGAUUCUGAUUGUAGCAUAGAGUACUUUGUUCCUGUGUUUCUGAUGUCACAGCACGUGCCACUGUCUCAUUUUGGUAAAGGUUCGGGGUGGGACGCUGUUCACUUAGGUUUGGAGAGCAAACAGUGUCCAGACUCACUCGAGGGACUUAUACUGCCACAGAAACUGUAGGGUGGAGAGAUUAACGGAGCUUUAGAACUAAGGCUGUCUGCUCUCUUUAUGCUGUGUCUGUCUCUGUCUCUCAGUGAAAUGCCUUUUGGCCGAAGGCCCACCUUUCACAGACACAUUUGCACCAAGGUGUUGCUGGCGGAAGGCAGAGAGUCACCCUUCACCGAGCACUGCCGCAACUUCGAGAAGAGCUACAGAUCUCUUCAGACAGAAAUCCAAAGGCUGAAAGAUGAGGUUCAGGAGAUGCACAGAGACCUGACGAAACAUCACUCUCUCAUCAACACGGACACCAUGAAUGAAAUCCUGGAAAGAUGUCUUCUCAUUGACGAACAGAUCGCGUCUCAGUACUCUGCCGUACAGACUCAGCGGACCGUAUUUGAGGAGAAAUGGGACGUGACCUUUCAAAGAGUAACCAAUGAGCAAGAGAUUUAUGAAGCACAGCUUCAUGACCUUCUGCAGCUGAAGCAAGAAAAUUCCUACUUGACGACGAUCGCACGGCAAAUUGGACCCUACAUCUUAUCCAUAGCAAAAGUGAAAGAGCGUCUGGAACCCAGGUUUCAAAAGCCUGAGAAUGACUGCAUCGACACUACAGUGAAAAUCCAUGAAGACCAGAUCAGCUGCAAGAAAAAGAGCUGCUCAGACAGAGACUCAGACAGCUCGCUUAUCCUGCCGCCCGACUAGAGGCUGCUAAAGAGAACUGACUUCUGUUGGCAAAGAAAGCAGAUUAACAUUUCAGAGACCUCUCGUGGCAAAGAGCUGCCACUAUAGAGCUGCACGCUUGGAUAACGGUGGAAACUGACUGCAAAUGUGGCAUGUGCUUUCGAGCAUGUUCUAGAUGUCAACCCAUGAACAUGGGCCUUUACAAUAACUGAUACAUUAGUCAUGAAUGGAAUAUUAAUAAUAAUGUUCUGGACCUUUGAUAUAAACCAAUUGAAUCGGAUAGCUUGUAAUGUUUUGCAGGCAUUUGGAAAUGCCUAAAAAAAGAAAAACUUUUCUUUUUUUUCUUAGUUUUUUUAUAUUUUUGUGUGUAUCUGUGCUGAUAUUGUUUACUGAAAACAAUCAUUAGUCAUGUUUGGUUAUUGAAAUAAAGCUAAAUAAAAAUGAUGAAUACAAAUGUUCUGCUCUGAACACAAUGUAGCUGUUUUUGUUGCCUGUGACUUUAAUGCUAGUUCUCCCCACCCACCAUUUCCACGUGCCACAAUUUCCGCCGUGGCU